AUGUUUUAUUUCCUUCGUGAAUUAUGGCAUGAUGGGUAUAGAUUACCUUGGACAUUCAUUCUGCUAAUGUCGGUUUCCCUUUUCACCCUCGCUGCGCUCACUUGUACAAUCUUCCUCCAUAUCCGUUACGGGCUAUCUGCAUCUCUCAACCUCACCCUCAACGCCGUCCUCGCACUUCUCUGGGCUGUGUCUUUUGCUCUGCUAGCAUGGUGGUGCUCUGGCACAUUGGCACAUGUAUGCGAUGCGCAGAAUUGGGAGUCGGAGGCAGGGAUAAGUGUGUGCAGGAUGUACAAGGCGCUGUUCAGUUUUGCAUUGCUGGGCUUUGUGGCGACAGCGCUGGCGUUGGGGUUGGACAUCAGGGUUAUGAGGAGCGCGAGGAGGAGAGGCGUCUUUCAGCAAUUGGAUGUGCUGGAUGGUGGGAAUGGGAAGAGAGACGGCGAAUUGGGAGAGGAGGAUGUCAAUCCAAAUCCAGUCGCAGCACAAGCCCAACGGGCGAGGGGAGGGGAUGGGUAUGCGCUGCCGGAAGAGCAGUUUGAGUAUAACGAUAUUGGAUAUCAAGGCGCAGCAGGGCAGAUUGGGAGAAGUAGAAUAUGA